AUACUGAGUACCCUGAUGCUAGAUUAAGGAUAAUGAGCACAAAUUAAUACAUUUGCGCAUCACAAAGUUUUCACUUCAAGUCGGUAACAAUUUUGGAGCCGCAGCUUUGGAAAACAACCUUUGCAAGUCUUAUAUUCCUUUGUGAAUUUUAGGAUGUUCACACCUAGCACAUUUGGAAACACAGGCUCGGGGUUUGGUGGUUUUGGAUUAACCUCCACAACUCCAGCUUCAGCAAACCCUAUGAAGGAUUUUGAGGUUGUGAAUCCUCCAGAUGACUCAAUCCAGUGCAUGGCAUUUUCUCCAGCUUCAAUUUCUCAAGACUUCUUAGUAGCUGGUAGCUGGGACAAUAAUGUCAGAUGCUGGGAAGUUCAAAGGGAUGGGAAAACAGUUGGUAAAGCACAGCAGACAAUGGGUGGCCCAGUGUUAGAUGUUGCUUGGCAUGAUGAUGGAAGUAAGGUUUUCAUGGCAAGUGCAGAUAAAACAGUCAAUUGCUGGGACCUUGGCAGUAACCAAAAGGUUCAAGUUGCACAGCAUGAAGCUCCUGUCAAGACAGUACACUGGAUCAAAGCCCCAACAUAUUCUUGUAUGAUGACAGGCUCAUGGGAUAAGACACUGAAAUUCUGGGAUUUACGGAACCCACAGCCCAUCAUGACCAUAAAUUUACCUGAGCGAUGCUACUGUGCUGAUGUUGAAUACCCAAUGGCAGUUGUAGGAACUGCCAACAGGCAUCUAAUUGUUUACCAGCUUGAGGGACAGCCACAAGAAUUCAAGCAAAUAGAAUCCCCACUCAAAUACCAGCAUCGUUGUGUUGCUAUUUUCAAAGAUAAGAAAGGCUCUGGAGCUCCAGCUGGUUUUGCACUUGGAAGUGUUGAGGGCAGAGUUGCCAUUCAAUACAUAGUUGCAGCUUCACCACGCGACAACUUUACUUUCAAGUGCCAUAGAUCGAAUGGGACCUCAAAUGGAUUUCAAGAUAUAUAUGCUGUGAAUGAUAUUAAGUUUCACCCAGUUCAUGGAACUCUUGCAACGGUUGGAUCAGAUGGCAGGUUCAGUUUUUGGGACAAAGAUGCAAGGACAAAGUUGAAAAACUCUGAAGCAAUGGAACAGCCAAUAUCAUCUUGUGCUUUCAAUCAUAAUGGACAGAUAUUUGCUUAUGCUGUUUCAUAUGAUUGGUCAAAGGGUCACGAGUUUUUCAACCCACAGAAGAAAAAUUAUAUAUUCCUUAGGUCUUGUUAUGAUGACCUAAAGCCAAGAAACCGCUGAUUCAAAUCAUAUGGAUGUUAAAAAAAACAGAAGGAAGGAUACUGCAUUAAAAAAAUGUUCUUGAUGAAGAUUAAGAACCAUAUUUAUGUAGAGAUAUGCAAGAAGAGUUCAGAAAAUUAGCCAUACAAAAGAAACCGGUACUCUUGAAGAAAUAACAAAAAAAAUACUAUUUACAGAUCGUUGAUAAGAUUUUAAAUAUUUUCACAAAGGAUGAUAAACUAUGUAAGGAGAAGGUAUGAAGAACAAUGAAAAUUAGUGUUAUCUAUAAAAGAAACAUUGAUCCUAGAGUCAGUGUUCAGGAUUUUAUGAAAUACCUACAUGAAGAUUUUUAACUUUAUAUUCCACUUUUACAAAAAAAAAAAAAUAUCAGUUAGUAUAUGUAGUCCUGCUUUGUGAAGGAUAAACAUUAAUAUAUAUUGUUUAUUUUUACAUGCACUUUGUCAUUGCAUAGUAUUUGAGUUUUCUGUUCCAAAUUAGUUAUCUGUUUGCUGUUCCAAGAUCAUUUCAUUGUACUAGGUUGUAUGAUAUUAAAAAAAAAGCCAUAGAUGUGUCAGUAAUGCGGUUAUUUUAUUCAACUUUUAAUGUGAUAGCUAUAUUUUAGCAUUUGUAUUGGACCUCUUGAAUAGCCAGUUCCACUGAAGAACACAAAUGAGACUUCCAUAUUUGGACAAUUUAUUUUUUUAUUUUUUAUUUUUUUUAGGACUUUAUGAAGCACAGAUAUGAUUCAGUUGUCUUGACCAAGUAUGCAUAAAAGUAAAGUUGUACAUCUACUGUUAGGCUUUGAUGGCUCUGUCAUUAUUUGUUCUUGGUUUUUGUUUGGGCAAAAAUAAUUUCAUUUUUUCUGUGAUUUUUUAUUAUUAUUUCUGUAAUAAAAGUUGUUUAUGGUUCUUGAGACUCCUAUGGAAGUUUUUGUACAAAUUAAACUUCUUUAAUAAAAGUCUGCAUGAUAAGA